ACGGAAAAACAGAAAAAGGCCAUAUCGGGGGGGGAAGCUUAACUGCUGGUGGAGUAAAUGUUAGCGGUGUCCAAGAGCUCAUCUUGAAUCUUCUUCAUCUGAGGAAAAUGUCCUAUUCUCAGGGUCAGAAGACAGGAGUUGACAGAGAAGUCAUCAAGUGGCUCCAAGAUCUGGAACUAUCAUUUCACCCAAAGAAUCUGCGAAGGGAUUUGUCCAAUGGUUACCUGGUCGCCGAGAUAUUUUCUCGUUAUUACCCCCAUGACAUCUCAGUGUACUCAUAUCACAACGGAGUAUCGUUUUCUUCCAAGCAGAAGAACUGGAGCAGGAUACAGAAGUUUUUGAAGAAGAAGAACCUGGAGCUAUCGAAGGAAGCGGUCUAUGGAAGCAUACACUGUGAACCAGGAGCAGCUGAGGCGUUGGUGCAGGACAUUUACAAGAUGCUGACCAAUCAGAAUGUCACAGAUGUCGAGGGUCAGCAGUCACCACACUCCUCACUGACUCGCUCCACAUCAUCAAGGUCCUUCGGGAACAAUUUGGUAGCUGCAGGGAUCAUGGCCGAGUCAGACGUCAGCUCAAACCAGAGGAGAGCACAAACCAGCAGGGGCGGCAGGCAUCUGGAGCACGCAGCUGCAGACGGGUCUCUCCCCACCAGUGGGCCUUCAGACUCGUCAACAUGGAGAGGAGCUCCUGUUUCCUACAAGGAGAUAAAAGUGAACCAACCUGUCAGAAAUUCAAUGGUGAACCUUUCAUGCUCACUGCAUCACUGUCUAUCCCCUUUUUUCAAGUCAGAUCAGUCAAACAUUGAAGGCAAGAAGAAGAAGAAGAAAUCUCUGCAAGAGCCAAAAUCAGGAUGACCGACCAUCAACCUCCACCAUAAAGGCUAAAAAGCUGUUAAUGCUAUUCAGCCCUCAUCAAUAAAAUGUUCUCAAAAAUC